ACGCGCUACUACUCUACUACUACUCCUUCAGCAUCAGUCGAUCUGCACUCUCUCUCUUUGGCACUCCUUCAACCCGCCACACUAAUUCCACCGCUACUGCCUUCUGCCAUGUUAAUCAACCGCUCCUCCCCAAACAGCCUCUGCUGGGACAUCAAUAACAUCAGUGCAGAUCAGCCCAGAGCCCAACGGUGCUACCCCAGUACUGCUACCGCACCCGCCUUUCGAUCGCCUGCUGUUAAUCCUGCUUCCGCUUCUUCUUCGAACCUGGGAGGAUCGGAUCCUCUACUUCUAGCUCGCCGGUGCGCUAACUGCGACACCACUUCCACUCCCCUUUGGAGGAACGGGCCCAGGGGUCCUAAGUCUCUGUGCAACGCUUGCGGCAUCCGGUACAAGAAAGAAGAAAGGCGCUCAGCAGCAUCAACAGCAGCUGCAGCAAACUUAAAAAGCGCGACUGGCCUGUCAUCAUCAUCUCGGCUGCAGCAGCAGUAUCCGUGGAACAGCAACUCAGCAUCCUCGCCGUGGUACCAAAACAUUAAUGAAGACCAACAUCACCAUCAUCAUCACCAGUCGCCUUGCCUCUCUUGGAGACUCAACGUGAUUCCUACUCAUCAGUUGGACUUCGUCGACAGACCCAGCCUCUUCCAAUACCAGUAGCAGUAUUAUUAUUGCUGUUACUAUUAUUACUACUAGUAUGUAAUCCUUGACUAGUUAGUUAUAUAUAUAUAUAUGUAAGGUGGUUCAGCAACGACUCGAUCAGUUGCAGCCCGUCCGGCACCCCCGCCCAAAAGCUGUAGUUAAGCAGCCAUCAGCUAGCUGUAGCUCUUUGUAACUCCUUUUUGCUUAAUUUUGACUCAGCAGACCCAGCCUCUU